GACCCUUUCGUGAGCAUACAUCGCUUGUCCCCUUGCUGCUUUUACACCGCUGUCAAGACACAUCCACAUCCCCCCCUUUCCAUCCCAUUGCCUCCUCUUGACACAGGCUGUUCUUUCCUGCUGUGCAAGUCAGACGUCUUCUAUCACUUUAUUGCUUGAAUACCCCCACUCACUAGACGCCUUUUUUUGCCAGAGAAUAAAGGGUUUCCUUUACCUUUCUCUUCUUCACCUAGUCAUAUCGCCCCUCUCCCCUUUCUUCUCCAUAUAAACACUUUUUCAUCAUGGGAAAGACUCAGAAGAAGACCGGAAAGGGACGUCUGGAUAAGUACUACCACAUGGCCAAAGAACAGGGCUAUCGAGCCCGUUCUGCGUUCAAGUUGGUCCAGCUCAAUAAAAAGUACAAUUUCCUUGAACGGUCUAAGGUUCUGAUCGAUCUGUGCGCUGCCCCCGGAGGUUGGUUACAGGUCGCCUCGAAGAUGAUGCCCGUCAGCAGUUUGAUCGUCGGUGUCGAUUUGGCAGCCAUCAAGCCCCUGCCCAACGUCAUCACCUAUGUCGAGGAUAUCACCACAGAAAAGUGCAGGGCCACUUUGCGCACCACCUUGAAGACAUGGAAGGCGGACGUCGUGCUGCACGAUGGUGCCCCUAACGUCGGUACUGCCUGGGUUCAGGAUGCAUUCACACAGUCAGAGUUGGUAUUACAGUCGUUGAAGCUCGCCACAGAGUUCCUCAACAAGGGCGGUUGGUUCGUCACCAAGGUUUUCCGAUCCAAAGAUUACAACAAUCUUAUGUGGGUCUUCCAGCAAUUAUUCAAGAAGGUCGAGGCCACCAAGCCCCCAUCCUCCAGAAACGUCUCUGCCGAGAUUUUCGUCGUCUGCCGCGACUACCUCGCCCCCAAGAAGAUCGACCCCAAGUUCCUGGAUCCCAAGCACGUCUUCUCCGAAGUCGACACCGGCAUGAUCUCUCAGCCCAUGGAUGUCUUCCAUCCCGAGAAGCACAAGCGUCAGCGUGAAGGUUACGAGGAUGGAAACUAUACGUUGCACAAGACCAUGGAUGCCUGGGAGUUCAUCACCCACCAGGAGCCAGUUGCUGCCCUUGGAAGCGUCAAUCAAUUCUCGUUCGAUUCUGAGGAUUCCAGAACAAAGCUUGUUAAGAGUGUAGAGACGACUGAAGAAAUCAUAGCGUGCUGCGCGGAUUUGAAGGUUCUUGGAAAGAAGGAUUUCAAGCUUUUGCUCAGGUGGCGUCUCAGCAUUCGUCUGCAGGUCGGUCUUGACAAGAAGCCCGAGCCCAAGCCUGCGACGACACAGGAGACGGUUGAGGUCACGGCAUUGGAUGAUGUGGAGGCUGUGGAGGAGCACGCUGCAGCCGCUGCAGCAGAGGAAUCUCGUCAGGAUCGUGUCCGUCGUCGCCAAAAGAACGAGCGCGUGCAGAAGAACGUGCAGAGAAUGCAGCUUGGAAUGAUCAUCCCCACAGAUAUUGGUUUGGAGCAGGAUGGACCUGAUGGACAGUCACUCUUCUCGUUGACCAACAUUGAAAAGGCCGGAGGACUCAAGAUGGUCCGCAAGGGCGACACAGAUGUCGAUCCAGAGGAGUUCAACGCUGAGAUGGAUAUGGGCGAGGACAUCGUCACGGGCGAGCAGGACGCUAAGGCUAUUUCGAGGCGCAAGGGCAAGAGCUUGGUCAAGGAAGAUAUCGACGCUCAGUUUAUUAACGACGAUGAUAUGGACAGUGACCAUGAAGGCGAUGAAGAGCUAAUGGAGGAGCUGGAUGAGAUGUAUGAACAGUACAAGGAACGCCAGCUCGAGCGCGAUGCCAAGUUGCGUGCCAAGGCCAAGCGCGAGGACAAGGGCGAGUGGAAGGGCUUUAAGAAGAACGGCUCUGGUGAGGAGGACUCUGACUCGGAGGAGGAUGGUCUAGAUGCCACGGUUCCUCAGAACGAUGAUACCUCGGAUUCGGACACGGACUCGGACUCUGGCGCCGACGAUGAAGAGGGCUUGCCUGGUGCGUACAACAAUACCAAAAAGACGAUCAAGAAGAGCUCGAAGAACCCAUUGUUGGUCGGUCUGGAUGAUGCUGAGCAGGCUGAGCUCCGCAAGAAGACUGAGAGCGGUUUGACAAAGGGCGCCAAGAUGUUCUUUGACCAGGAUAUGUUCAAGGGUCUGGUUGGUGAGGACGAGGAAGAUGAGGAGGAUGAGGAUGAGGAUGCUGACGAUGAAAGCAACGAUGACGAGGAAGAUGAUGAAGAAGAUGAGGAAGAGGAAGCUGAGGAGCAGGAUGAUGUCGAAAUGGAUAGCGACGAAGAGAUUCGCCAGCUCAGCAAGAACAGAAAGUCCCUCAAACGCAAGGCAGCAGAGGCUGCUGAGGGAGAUGCAGAUGAGGACGAUAUUGAAAUGGUUCCUGUCAGCAAGGAGUUCGAGGACGACGAGAUGUGGGAUGGCGAGUCGGACGAGGAGGACAGCCGAAAGCGCAAGCAGAUCAAUGAAUAUUCUCUUAUUACAGCCGAGGCCAUGACCCUUGCACAAUCGCUCGUCAACAAGAAGAUGACCAAGACGGACCUGAUCGACCAAGGUUUCACGAAGCAAGCCUUUGCAGAGAAGGAUGGACUGCCUGCCUGGUUCCUGGAGGACGAGCAGCACCACAAUGUGCCGAACCUGCCGAUCACGAAGGAGGCUGUGCAAGUAAUCAAGGACCGCAUGAAGGCACUGGAUGCACGCCCGAUCAAGAAGAUUGCAGAGGCCAAGGCGCGCAAGAAGUACAAGGCUGCACAGAAGCUGAUGAAGAUCCAGAAGAAGGCGGAUGCGAUCAACGAGACGGAUGAUAUCUCGGAGAAGCAAAAGUCAAUUGGUAUUGCAAAGCUGCUGGCGAAGGCAGCGGGAGCGAAGAACAAGAAGCCAAAGAAGGAGGUUAAGCUGGUUGUCGCCAAGGGAUCGAACAAGGGCAACAAGGGACGCCCCAAGGGUGUCAAGGGAAGGUACAAGAUGGUUGACUCGAGAAUGAAGAAGGAGCUGCGUGCGACCAAGAGGAUAACAAAGAAGGCCAAGGGAAGCAACCGCAAGAAGUAGUCGGAUCCCUCGCAUUCUCUUCCUAUUCUCUUUUUUCAUUUCUGUUGUAUUACUAUUCUGCAUGCCAACGUCCUUUUUCCUUCUCAUUUCUUUUCCUAUUCUUAUUCUCUCCAUCACAUCCCAUUCACACUCAUUCAUAAUAAAAUACAUAUGCUUUGCAUGGCUACUUUUUUUAUGGUCUCCUUGAUGUAUGUGUGAGCGAACAUUGGUGAGUAGAGUGCGUGGACACUGCA